AGCGUUAGCUAUCCAACGAAAUACACCGACGUGUUUCACACAGAGGGCCGCUUGAGAGGAGCUACACGUACAUCUUCUAGUCGCGUGACACCAAUGAGCUUGUUUUGUUUGUUUGUUUAUGUGACGUGCUAACCUCGCCGGCUAACGUUAGCGAGCUAACUGCAUUGCAACUAAAGCACGAAGCCACGAAAUAGGUGCUGCGUUACUGAACGUCGGCCAAGUCGUUAGCAUCGCGCUCUGAGAUUCUUAGCUUCGAGGUAACAGUCGGUAAAUAAUUAUUGGGCUCGAGCAGCGCGAGGAUGACUUAACUGUUUGGAGAAAGUGUUAACGUUAGAAAGACUAGGGGUGAAGACUACUGCGGAUGUCUGGUCCUGUCAGACGCGAGUGAACGAGUUGUUGCGUGGUUCCUUGUUAAAGUGCGAGAUAGCAGCGUGAAAUGAAAGUCAUGGAGAGGAAUGUGAUGCGGCUGGUGGCCGUGCAGCACCUCCGCGCAGCGUACGGGAUCAAGACAAAGAACUGGAACAAAAACAAGGCGACCAGCUGCAAGUCAACAGCCAGCUACUCGACAAAGGUUUUUGGGGUAUCCCCGGAGAGCUUACCAUAUUAUAAUAUGGAAUGUGGAAGCGUGCCGAGAUUCCUGGUCGAUGCAUGUAUGAUGCUGCUGGCGCACGUCAACACAGAGGGCCUGUUCAGAAAAUCUGGCUCUGUCAUUCGCCUGAAAGCACUGAGAGCAAAACUGGAUGCGGGUGAGGAAUGCCUGUCCACCGCACUUCCCUGCGAUGUGGCCGGUCUGGUGAAGCAGUUCUUCAGGGAGCUACCGGAACCUGUGUUGCCCACGGAGCUGCAGGAGGCCUUCCUCAAGGCCCAGCAGCUCCCCGCUGAGGAGGAUGUGACCUCUGCCACCAUGCUGCUGACCUGUGUACUACCUGACAGAAACCUCAGUGUCCUGCGUCAUUUUUUUGACUUCCUCCAAAGUGUGUCUAAGAGGAGUGCCGAGAAUAAGAUGGACAGCAGUAACUUGUCUGUAAUCUUGGCUCCUAACAUCCUUCAUGCUGGAGACGGUACAGAGAAGAUGAACGCCAACACUGAGAAGCGCCUCAAGCUACAGGCAGCCAUAUUGCACUGCUUCAUAGAGAACGCCCACAACUUUGGUGUCUUACCACAGUUCCUUCUCGAGAAAGUUCCAGCCUUGAUGGGCUGUGAAGCGGGGGUUCUGUCUCCUACUGAUGGACUUGAGGAGCUGGAUUUAAACUCAGGAAUGAAGAAGAGACCCAGACGCAGCUUCGGAGAUAUGGUCAAUGGUGCCCUGAAUAAGAUAAAAAAUAAUAGAACACCCACAAAUGCCACCCAGUCAGACAGUCUUGUCUUUUCCUCUGCAACUCCUAUUAUUGCAACACCAACCUCAAAACGAAAACUUCCCUUGGAAUCGGGUCACUCUUUUGGAUUCUCAAACAAGAAACGUAGAUCUGUCAAAAAGACCCUUGGGAUAGAAUUACUUCCCAAUACUCUGUUUAGCGGGGCCUCCACUCCUGGAUCAGCUUACAGUGCUUCGGGGGUCUUGGACUCUUCCCAAACUACCGUGUCGUCGGCAGGGAAGUCUAGAAAGCAGUCGGCUGUCUCUGCGAGGAGGAAGAGCCGACAACUUAGCAGCAGACAUGCUGUCAACAGGGUGGAGUCUGGAAGAGCUGGAUGCUUUUCUCCGAAAGUCGACAAAAAAGAAGCAGCACCACGCAAAUCCCUGCGCUUGCGAUUCAGCCUGGGGAAGAGCAGCAAGGAGGCUGGAUCUGAGUCCAUUGGCUGGCGACUUGCCACUCAGGAGAGCACCACCAGUUUUCGUUUCACCAAAGAGACCGAGUUCAGUCCAUCGGUUCUGCCUCGAAAAGCAGAACCCAAAAGUGCCAAGUACAUCAGCAAGUCUGAGGACAACUUGCUGACUCCCCAUUGUGACCCAGGUGUCCACCGGACCCUGUGGAGCGGGGAGACUCCCUUAGGAGCCCGGGCUUUCGGCCAAGCAUCAUUCACAGACACCCCCAUGAACAUGGGCUUGAAGAGCAACUGCAUGUCUGAGCCGGCCAUUGUCGUGUCGAAGCCCACGGCAGUGGCCAGCUUUCCCAAGAAGCUGUGUUGUGCUUCCAGUGCUGAGAGCCUGGAGAGCGCUGAGGCCCAGAGCCAAACCGGUCCCACCCUUCUGAAAAUAAAGAAGGCCUUCACGGAGUCGGGCACUGACCUCCGGACUGUCAUACAGGAUCCCUGCAACUCUAUGGAGACGGACGCAGCAAACCCACCUGACAGCAUCCUCCUUCCUCCUCCAGGGACUCCCACAGUCCGAGUUCUAUCCGUGGACACAGAGGCCUCCAGCUUCUCAACUCGGCGGAGCCUUCUGGCUAAAGAACAGAACAUUACCUUUGGUCAGAUUGAAAUAGCCGCUGUAUCGCCAUUGCACAUUGACAGUAUAGUCUUUGAGCCAGGUGUAUACUUUACUGAUAAACAACCUCUCUGCGCUGCUCGCAUCACCAACACCUCCAUAGUGGGAGCCUCUGAACAGGAGGUGGAGCAGGUGAACUGCAGCAGGUUGAUUGACGCUCUGGACAUUCAGAGUCCUGCUCACUUCCAACUGGGUGUCUCCCGUGGGCUGCAGUCCACUCCGUACAAGCUGGGCCUCGACCUCAGAGAGGAGUUCGGUACGCCGCCACAGAUUGGUACCGUAGCCUGUGCGGUACACAAUCAAAAUGAAUCUUCCCCGGAGAGUGGCGCCAAAGUCCAAAACCAACCACCCCUCUCACCGCGCAGCCUGGAGAAUGAAAAGCGGCGGGUGGCGGACCACAUUCAUCACUUCAACAAGCUCACCCUCCUUUCUCCCAGGGGCUCCAUGGCCAAACUCACCCGAUCGCCGCUCAAGUUCCAGCGCACCCCUGUGCGUCAAACCGUCCGCAGGAUGAACUCUCUCCUAGGAGAGAGCAGGAGACCCUCCAGAAAUGCAGAGCUCACCAUCGGCCAGAGCGGCCCGGUGGUGAAGGCCGUGAGCCUGGAGAGCGGCCUCUCGCCUCACCCGCAGCUCCGGCCUUCCCAGAGAGAGGCCCAACCGGGAGUGUCCAACAGCAGUUGUCCCAUGAAGAAACCCCCUCCCGUCCCACCCAAAAAGCCAAGCACCUUGGCCCGCAAACCCAAGGUCGCGGCUCUGGCCGACAUGACCAACAAGAUGCAACCAAAGACCAAAGUGGACGGUUGUGUCACUGAUCCACCAGGAGCUCAGAAGCCUCUCUCGCAGCAGGUAUUAGAGAAGGACUUGAACCAUUACAGAGGGUCCCCUCGAAACCCCCUCAGUCAGGUACAACUGCUGUCUGCCACCAAGCCUGUAGAUUUAUAGUUUCAAGUCAUUUUGCCUUUUUAUAAUUCCUCCCCACUAUGCAGGUCUCUGUCUAGUUAGGACUACCUUUCCCUCUUAUAUAUUAUCCAUAAUUUCAGGGCUUUUAAUUUAUUUUGAGCUACGGUUGGUGCGGUUUUGUGGUGUUAGGGUUCUAAUGGGAUAUUUUCAUAUGCCUUCUGUUUGUUUUACUCCAGUAAAACAAGUCUAGGAGUUAAGCAUCCACACAGAUGAUUAUGUUGCGUAGUGUUUAGACUUUAGUGUGCAGGCCAGAUUAUGUGACAUGGAAUGACUGUAAAGUUUAGAAAUCAAGGAUCAAGUCUUGUGCUUUUAUUUAUGCAUUGUGUAUGUGUAUAUAUCUAAUCCUUAGAUGUCCUUUUUUUUUUAAAAAACAACUGUUUACUGAAGUUGAAGCUGUUUCUUAAUUACACAAUAUUUUCUUACUGGCUCUCGUGAAAAAAAGAAGAGAAAAUGCACCUUUUUGUUGGAUUUUAUUAGAGAGAAAAGCCAAGCAGUAUUGAUUACAUUGUCUGUCUAUCGCAGUACAUUCAUUUCAAAACCAGCCUCCAGUAAAAAUGCUUUGCCUUGUGAACUGCUUCAGACAAAUAAACUCAAACGGCUUAUUCUCUA